AGACUCGAGCGAGAUUUUUUUUUUCUCUCUAAUAAGACUCGAGCGAGACUACUGGAGAGGAGGGAAACAAGUGGUCGCCCAUGGACGCCGCGGCGGAGCCUCUGCUGCCGCAACCGGCAACCGCCGUGGACCACCUCGGCCGUCCAGUCUCCCGCCUAACCUCCGGGCGGUGGCCCGCCGCGCUCUUCAUCAUCGGGGUGGAGAUCUCAGAGCGGUUCGCCUACGGCGGCAUCGCAGGGAACCUCAUCACCUACCUGACCGGCCCGCUGGGGCAGUCCACGGCGUCGGCCGCCGCGGCCAUCAACGCCUGGAGCGGCGCCGCACUUCUGCUGCCGUUGCUCGGAGCCGCCGUCGCCGAUUCCUGGCUCGGCCGUUACCGCACUGUAGUAUGCGCCUCCCUGCUCUAUAUCCUGGGCCUGGGCAUGCUCACACUAUCAUCAAUUCUUGCGCCACAACAACCAGCACAAUUUGGAGAUCACAUGGAUUCCGCUUUAUCCUCGACUUCAACAAUUCAUUUAGCUUUCUUCUACGUGUCCCUGUAUAUUGUGGCCUUUGCUCAAGGUGGCCACAAACCUUGUGUGCAAGCAUUUGGGGCAGACCAAUUUGAUGAGAACGAUCCUGAAGAAUUUGCCUCGAGAAGUUCCUUCUUCAAUUGGUGGUAUUUUGGGACGUAUGCAGGCAGCGUUGUUACAGUUUCAAUCCUGAAUUACAUUCAAGAUAACAUAAGCUGGCAGUUUGGGUUUGGAAUCCCUUGCAUCGUUAUGACCCUUUCUCUUGCAGUUUUCUGGCUUGGGACCAGGACUUAUCGAUUUUAUCCUGUAAGAAGUGAUGGAAGCCUAAUUGGACAGGUUGUCAAACACAUUUUAUCAUUGGUUAGAACCUGGCAUGCAUCAUGGAGUUCGGGGUCAUCUGAUGAUUCCCACUGCAUGCCAACAUCGUCAUCUAGCAGACUCAAGGAUAAUGCAGAAAUGACAUGUUUCCCUGAUGAAGCCAAGUCUCUGCUUAAAUUGUUUCCAAUAGGGGCAACCUGCCUGAUCUAUGCAGUUGUUUUUGCCCAGUGGAUGACGCUGUUCACUAAACAAGCAAGUACACUAGAUAGGUGGAUAGGUAGCUUACAGGUACCAGCUGCUGCUCUACAAAGCCUAAUCAGUGUGUCAAUCGUCAUCUCGAUUCCUAUAUAUGACCGGAUACUUGUUCCACUAGCUAGAAAAUACUCAAAGAACCCUUGUGGUAUCACAACCUUGCAAAGGAUUGGAACUGGACUAGCCAUGUCUGUGAUCUUGAUGGUUGUCGCGGCCAUCGUGGAGAUGAGAAGGCUCAGGGUAGCAAGAGAACAUGGCCUUGUGGACAAUCCCGAAGCAACGAUUCCGAUGAGCUUUUGGUGGGUGGUACCUCAGUUCGUCCUGACUGGCUUGGCGGACAUGUUCACCAUGGUCGGCUUGCAGGAGUUCUUCUACGACCAAGUGCCGGAUAGCCUGCGCAGUUUGGGCCUUGCCUUAUACUUGAGCAUAUUCGGAAUUGGGAGCUUCAUCAGUGGCUUUCUGGUGUAUGCAAUCGACCGGGUAACCAGUGACGGUGGAGAUCGUUGGUUCUCGAACAAUCUAAACCGAGGUCAUCUUGAUUACUUUUACUGGCUUCUGGCCGCGCUCAGCGUUGCCGAGGCGCUCCUGCCGCGGCCGGAGCCGCCGCUGUCCGCCGUGGACCACUUCGGCCGGCCCGCCUCCCGCGGCAGCUCCGGCGGGUGGCCUGCCGCGCUCUUCAUCAUCGGGGUGGAGGUCGCGGAGCGGUUCGCCUUCUGCGGCAUCAUGGGCAACCUGAUGAUCUACCUCACCGGCCCGCUCGGCCAGUCCACGGCGGCCGCCGCGUCGGCCGUCAACGCGUGGCUCGCCGCCGCCAUGCUGCUGCCGCUGCUCGGCUCCGCCGUCGCCGACUCCUGGCUUGGCCGCUACCGCACCGUCAUCUGCGCGUCCCUCCUCUACAUCCUGGGGCUAGCCAUGCUCACCCUGUCAACGGUGCUCGCACCGGGAGAGCGACCAGGGUGCGCCGGCAAGCCGGCCGAUUCAGCCGGGUGCUCCACGAGCUCGUCGGCGCAGGUGGCUCUCUUCUUCUUCUCCCUCUACCUGGUGGCGUUUGCCCAGGGCGGACACAAGCCCUGCGUCCAGGCGUUCGGCGCCGACCAGUUCGACGAGAACGACCCCGGCGAGCUGGCGUCCAGGAGCACCUUCUUCAACUGGUGGUACUUCGCCUCCUACGGCGGCAACACCAUCACCGUCUCCGUCCUCAACUACGUGCAGGAGAGCGUAAGCUGGCAGCUCGGCUUCGCGAUCCCCUGCGCCGCCAUGGCCCUCGCCCUCGCCGUCUUCUGCCUCGGGACCAAGACCUACCGCUUCCAUCCAUUACGAAGUGCUAACAAAUUGCCCGAUGAUGAUUCUGAGAAUUUGCUGGAGCCGCCGAGGAGGGAUCAUGGAGCCACCGCCACCGGAUUGCUGAAGCUGUUCCCCAUAUGGGCAUCCUGCCUGAUCUACGCCGUUGUCCUCUCGCAGUGGUUCACUCUCUUCACCAAGCAGGCAAGCACACUGGACAGGAGGAUAGGCACCCUGGUGGUACCAGCUGCCUCGCUGCAGAACCUGGUAAACGCAUCGCUCAUGAUCUUCCUGCCGGUCUACGAGCGGGUCGUCGUUCCGCUUGCCAGGAAGCACACCAAGAACCCUUCCGGCAUCACGGCGCUGCAAAGGAUCGGCGUCGGGUUGGCGAUUUCGGUCGUGAUGAUGGUCGUUGCUGCUCUUGUGGAGACGAGGAGGCUCCGGGUGGCAAGGAACUACGGCCUGCUUGACAAACCUGAGGUCACCAUCCCCAUGAGCGUGCUGUGGAUGGUUCCGCAGUACCUGCUGAUCGGUCUGUCCGACGCGUUCGCCAUCGUCGGUUUGCAGGAGUUCUUCUACGACCAGGUGCCGGACGGUCUGCGCAGCUUGGGCCUGGCUCUGUUCCUCAGCAUAGCCGGAGCCGGGAACUUCAUCAGCAGCUUCGUCGUGUAUGCCAUUGACAGGGUGACCACUAGCGCCGGGGGGAGCUGGUUCUCCAACAACCUGAACCGAGGGCGCCUCGAUUAUUUUUACUGGUUUCUCACCGUGCUCAGUGCUCUAGGCAUGUUUGCUUACAUGUACUUUGCGCGGGUUUAUGUGCCUAAGAAAAAGGGUGUUUCAGUGCAGUGAUUUUCUGCCCUAUAAUAACUGGCUACUAAUCUUACAUUUUGGUGGCAUGAAUCA